AUGGCAUCACAAAAUAUGGCGACCAAUCAACCUCUUUGUGAAGAACCUCCUUGUCCUAAGUGUCGCAAAUGUCGUAGUUAUGAGCAUUUUAGUGAUCAUAUGGAUAUUAUUCGUACGACUAUUCCUCGUCUUAACGUUCGUAGUGUUCUUACUUAUUUUGCUGCUCAGAGUAAAUAUGCUACUCUUCGUGGUCCUUUUGCUCCUUGGCGUAACUUUGUUCAAGAUGCUCUUGUUCCUACCGGUCCUGAGGGUGUUGGUAUUGGUGCUUUUCGUGAAGUUUUUCAUCGUAUUAGUGGUAUUGACGAUGCUCUUACUGGUAUUCAUCCUCCAGGUUUUUGCGAUUGCAACGCAUAA